AUGGACAACUCCUGCCUCCUCGACCUCCUCAUCAGGUGCUUCGCCAUGACCGAGCCCGAGGACCUCAACUUCACGGCCUUCACGGACCUGUGUCGACUGUGCUCCCUCAAGAGCGGACCCAGGCUGCACAUAUUCGACAAGGAGUCCGAGCAGAGGCAGAUCCUCUUCAAAAUGAGGACCUGUUUACCGACUAUGCAGAUAUCUAAAGACGACUUCCUGCCCAAGAAGAUCUGUGAGAGGUGUGUCACGAGACUUGAACAAUUAUAUGAAUGGAGACAGAGCUGCCUGAACACCGACUCCGUGUUGAGAAACUACGCUGAAUCUAUGAGGAUUGUCACUUCUACUAUAAACUUUCAGGACGGCACUGUUAAUAUGGACAAAAUGACGGAAGCACAAAAAACGGCAUACUUAGAGGCACACGUAGCGGUACAACAACAUAUGGCUCAGGCCGCAGCCGCGGCUAGACGAGAACAACAACAACAGCAGCAGCAACAUCAGCAACAGCAACAACAGCAGCAGCAACAACAGCAACAGCAGCAGCAGCAACAACAGCAGCAGCAGCAACAACAACAGCAGCAACAGCAACAACACCAACAACAUCAGCAACAACAACAGCAACAGCAGCAGCAGCAGCAACAACAACAACAAUCGAAUAAAAUUAUCUUUCAGCAGGCACAGAGUAACACACAUCCUGGUCACCCAUCGCCACCGACCGUCAGUUCUACACAGCAUCACUACGCUACCAUCAACUCUCCCAUCAAGGUACCUCAAGUCAGUUCCAGUACUGGAGGUCCAGAUUCAACUUUCACAGUGCCAGACGACGUCGGCAUGGGAUUUGAAGGCGGAGUUCGUGUUUUACAAAGUCUCGGAAAUUGGUCACCAGAAGUUACCAAUACGAUACCUAGGCCAAAUCUAAUACCGUUUACUGAACCAUACGCGGAAGGUGGAUCCAUGCAUCCGGGGACUCGUCUGAAAGCUCUCCAAGGAACUGCAAUCCGAAAACAUCCUGCCAUUAAACCUACGAGCUCUACGAAUGAAGGAAGCAAAGCAUUUGAAUGCACUGUCUGCGGUAAAGGAUUAGCGCGCAAAGACAAACUAACAAUUCAUAUGAGGAUACAUACUGGUGAGAAGCCAUACGUUUGUGAAGUGUGUAACAAAGCGUUUGCAAGAAGGGAUAAGUUAGUUCUUCAUAUGAACAAAUUGAAGCACAUCACUCCAUCAAAUAUAGCGCCAUUGGGUAAACGGACUAUUACAAUACCUCCUCUCAAGCUGGACGACGUAAAGCCUCAACUAACCAAGCAAGAAGAUACUAAACCAAGUCAGGCCGAGAUCGCAGCUGUUGCUCAGCAGCAACAGCAACAACAGCAGCAGCAGCAGCAGCACUCACAUCAGCAGUCGAUUCAGGUCUGCCAGGUACCUGGACACAACUUUACGAAUACUAAUCUAGUGCAUACAAGCGGUUCAAGUGGCUCCGUGUCAGCGGCCACAGCAGGGAUGGUCGUGUCCUGGUCGUGUGAACUCUGCGGAAGGUUGUUUGCUACCAGAGACGAGUGGAGUGCACACGCCAAGUCACAUCUACCAGACAAUAAACUCCUACAGGAUAAAAUGCAACAAGCUACACAGCAUCAGCAACAGGAGAAGCUUCAUUUAACGAAUCAGGAGAAACUACAGCUACUUCAUCAUCACAAUCAGAACCAGCAGAUCUUGAAUAACCACGGCAUCGCUACCUCCGUAUCAUCUGCGACUGUUGUUAACGAAGGAGGAGGGGGUGGGGGAGGUGGAGCAUACUUCUCCCACGGUCACACACACUACGCACCAGAGAGGCAACACACACACGCACAUCACCUCUGCCUGAUGUGCCGUCAGGAGUUCGCUGGUAAAGCAGAGUUUAUGUUCCACGUUAGAGGACAUUUUGAAGGUAAAGUGAGCGAUAUAGCAGCAGCAGAUGUAUUGGCUCGAUCUCUAGUGGAUAAUUCCGGUCUUUGCACCUGA